AUGUGCCCGCUGCGGGCCUCCCCCUGCGGCCUGGCCUGGGGGCCGCUCCUACUAGGCCUCUGCGGGCUCCUGACAGCAUCCCAGCCCCGACUGUUGCCCCCAUACCACUCGGAGAACCAAACCUGCCCGGACCAGGAAAAGGAAUACUACGAACCCAAGCAUCAGGCCUGCUGCUCCCGCUGCCCCCCAGGCACUCACAUCGCCACUGAAUGUAGCCGUGUUCAGGAUACAGUUUGUGCCACGUGCCCUGAAAACUCCUACAACGAGCACUGGAACCAUCUGCUUAACUGCCAGCUGUGCCGCCCCUGUGACCAGGUCCUGGGCUUCCAGGAGACUGCACCUUGCACUAGCAAACAGAAAACCCAGUGCCACUGCCAGCCAGGAAUGUACUGCGCUCUGUGGAUCCAUGAGUGCAUGCACUGCGAGCCACUCUCUGUCUGCCCACCGGGCACUGAAGCUGAGCUCAAAGGUGAGGUUGGGGAGGCUGAUCACCACUGUGUGCCCUGUAAGGCAGGGCACUUCCAGAACACCUCCUCCCCAGAUGCCCGCUGCCUGCCUCACACCAGGUGUGAGGACCAGGGCCUGGUAGAAGCAGCGCCAGGCACUGCUCACGCUGACACCAGCUGCAGAAAUCCACUAGGAACCCCCGAGACGCCAGGAACUAUGCUGAUGCUGGCCAUCCUGCUGCCCCUGGUCUCCCUGCUCUUCAUCUCCACCAUCCUCGCCUGCACCUGGAAGAGCCACCCGUCUCUCUGCAGAAAGCUGGGAUCCCUGCUCAAGAGCCGUCCAGAGGGAGAGGAAUCCAAUAUUGCUGAUGGAAACUGGCAGCCCUCAAACAUCAACCCCCAUAUCCCUGACCUGGUAAAGCCACUUCUGCCCAUCCCUAGAGACUUGCCCGUGGCCUCAGCCUGGCCCCCACCACCUCCAGUUGUGGAGCAAGAGGUGCUACAGCAGCAGAGUCCUCUGAGCCAGGCCCGGGAGCUGGAAGCUGAGCUCCCAGAGCAAGGCCAGGUGGCCCAUGGUACCAAUGGCUUUCAUGUCAACGGCGGGUCUGUGACUGUUACUGGCAAUAUCUACAUCUACAAUGGACCAGUAGUGGGGGGAGCACGAGGCCCUGGAGACCCCCCUGCGCCCCCAGAGCCUCCAUAUCCCAUUCCUGAAGAGGGGCACCCUGGUCCUCCCAGGCUCUCUGCACCUUACCAGGAAGAUGGCAAAGCUUGGCACCUGGCCGAGACAGAGACACUGGGAUGCCAAGACCUCUGA